CACUUUUGCCUAGGUUGCAUUUUGAAUCAUCCCUACACGCGUGGCAACCCACGGAGUGCAGAUGUGGGUUAUUACACAGACAAUAGAUCGAACAGUUUCAUCUCCCUGCACGUCUGUCUUUUCUUCUCGUUUGGGUUUGUGAUUCUCCAGUAUAUGUACGCCAACCAAUUUUCACCUUGAAGUCCGUUGAUUAACAGAAGAAGUGUUGUGUGACACACUGGGAGCUGCAAAGGCACGAAGUUCUAUUAUCUGUGAGAUGAUAAUAUAAUGCAAAUGGAGUCACAGGUUCCUACGGACUGUGAGGCAUGCAUCCAACAUGAGAAUCUUGGAAGGAAGGAUGGGAAUUCUGGUGAACCCUCCUCCUCACAAGAUAACAUCGCUCUACAGCAGCCAGUGAAAAAGCGGCCACGGCAAUGGGCUGCUUGGACUCGUCAGGAGGAAGAAAGCUUUUUCAGUGCACUGCGUCUAGUUGGCAAGAAUUUUGAGAAAAUCACUUGCCACGUCCAAAGUAAAAACAAGGAUCAGGUCAGACACUAUUACUAUCGGCUUGUGAGGCGGAUGAAUAAGUUGCUUGGUCCUGAACUUUGUCUUGAUGCUAAAAACUCGAAAGAUACCAAUGCUGCAAUGCUACGAUGGUGGUCAUUAUUGGAAAAGUACAGCUGUAAGGCCUCAAAGCUUCACUUAAAACCUCGAAGAUUUAAGAUAUUUGUAGAGGCUCUGGAGAACCAACUCCUGAAGGACCGCAAAAAGAAUUUAAGGAAACGGCUCUCUCCUGGAGAAAACAACUGCUCUACAGCUCCAAUUACUGUCUCAAAUCCGGUCAGGCCAUCGAGUCACGACAGUCGUGCAGUGAAAUUGGUUCUUGUUGACAGCCAAAACAUGCAAAAAGUUGGACCGGGCAAAGGAUCUUUGGUAAAGCGCAAUGUAAAUUUAGGAACUGAUCGUACUAACAGCAAAAUAGAUUCAUCCUCUCUGAAAACAGCAAAACAUCGUAGGAAAACAGGCUCUUCAACAGCUGCAUAUAAAAGAUGGGAGAAGGCAGCGAUUGCCGGGGUUUCGUUGGUGGCUGAUGCUGCUGAACAUCUGGAGCGGACAAUCACUGAGAAAGAGGUUGCACAAGAAGUUGAAUGCGUCCACGAAACACAAGCGGGUGGUGGUUCCCAGCCUGCUGGAAAAGUGGAGCUCUCUUUGCCAAUGUCAUCACAAAGUCUUAGCAACGAAUACAAUGCACACAACUCCAUGAAACUUAAGCUCCAGCUGUUCCCAAUUGAUGACUGCACUCGGAAAUCCUUGGAAGCGGACAAUUAUAAUCCCCAUCUGGAGCUCACUUUGGGUUCACGAAAGAAGAUAUCAUCUGUAUUGGAUCACCUCAACCGCAAAUGGGGAAAUUCAAACUUAUUAUCUGGAGAUUUAAUGCUUUUCCCUUACUGGGCACACUGUGAAAACCUGGCGGGGUGUCAGAAGUGGACCAAGGACUCUCCGGUCUGUGCAGCGGAUGUAUAUGCAAAAGUUGGAAGCCCGCAAGUUUUCCGCCUCAGAUAUGGUUGGUAUGCAAAAGCUGAGCUUGAAUCUGCAAUACCUCAAGCGUUGCAGUCCUAUGCUGAUGUUAGUGAGAAAAAUAGCAUCAAUUCAAUGAAAGAGCACAACAUUGAGUCUGUGCCGGCAUCAAGUCCAACUUAUCACAAAUCAGGGAACCCAAUGGGGGGUACUUGUCAAGAACUGUUAGCCUCUGCAGAUAAGAUGGCUUCUAUGACUCCCUCUUCAACAUUUGUUUCGAAGGAUGAGAUAAUCAAGUGUGAUAGAUUGGAUCCCAACAUUAAUAGUUCAAGGCACAUUGAGAGUAUUCCAGCUGUUUCAGUAGUCAGAAGGGAGACCGGAGCUCUGGCUGAUAUAAGACAAGUUGAAAGCAUGGAUGAUUGGAGCAAGCAGAAGGAUUUGGUACUUUCAGCUGGGGAGUGGGCUGAUAGUCUUACCUGUAUAAGUAUGGGGGAUCUACUUUCUGACUCGAUGCUCAACGUGGAUGCUAACUGUGCUGAUUUACCAUUGCCUGUUGGCUCUAGCUCUCUGCAGCAGAUCCCAUUCAGUUGUGACUCUUUUGACACUGCAAUCGCUGCUCACAUAUACAAACAUCAAAACAAAGUCGGUUCACAGCUGGGUCUUGCACCUCACGCACCUUCUAUUUGGGAUGCUGAAGAAACAUGUGAUGCCUUUGCAUUUCAAAAGAGUGGUGCUUUCUGUGAAAUAGGCCAGAGUGAUAUCAGGAAUGCUUCUCUACAGACCUGUACACAAAUUAUUAGGACGAGUUCUUCAGUAUCCCAAAAUGCAGUUGAGGAGUUGACUGAAGACAAGAAAUCAAAUAAUGAUGGUCCUACAUAUGGAGAGCCAAUGGACACGUUAGAGAAUUCUGCAAAGGAUUUUAGUGGACUAACUGACACAUAUUGGCCUGACUCGUUAGGACCACUAGAUUUGGAUAUACCCUCUUGUAGAUUGCAUAGUGAUGAUAUAAUUCUUAGCGAUAGCAUUGGUGGUUUGAACCGAUUCCUAGCGAACAGUCUGGAUGCCUUUCAGAAUUGCUCGUACUUUGGGUUGGACAAGAAAGAAUCUGCAUCCGUAGUUGAAGGUCGCCAGACAGCUUCCGUUUCAGAUUUCAAAAUCAGCGGUUAAGUUUAAAAUUCACCAGACAACCCAUAUAUGAAAUACUUUAGACGGUGGAGUGAGCAUUGUCAUGUAAAACUUGGCUGGAAUGAUGCAGUUUGGUUUUAUGUGGAUCAUCACAGAGGGGAUAUUAGCAUUUUCGAAAGCAGAAAGCUAUAUCAAGGAGAAACGCUUUUGUGAUGUAACAAAGUAGACAAAACAAAUUACGGCCCUAUACAUUUUAUACCGGCUCCUGAUGCUGCUGAUAUAUUCCUGUAUAUGUGUUAACUUACUGACGCUAAUGUGAUAAUGUGCUGAUGCACGUUGAUUUGAAAUAUAAAUAAUUGAAGGGACACCACAAUUUUUAUUUGUUACAUCA